AUGGAUGCGCUUACGUGGUUGUCCCUCGGCCUGCAGUUGGCGGCGCUGUGUUCCAUAGUUGGGGCACUGCUGCUGUAUCUGCUACGCAAAGUUAGGGUGGCAGAAGUCCUUCCUGUGGACAGCGCCAAAACAGUACUCGUCACUUCUGUUGAUACCGCGCUUGGAUUACAAAUUGCAACGUACCUCAGCGGUCGCGGAUGGCGGGUGAUGGCCGGCUGCCGGUCCGGUGGCCUCGGCGCAAGACUAGCAGACUCCUGGCUGCAAGCACAUAUCGCAAGCACACCUGAAGAUGAGCCACAGCCAAGGCUCGUCACCCUUGAGCUGGAUGUGGCUAGGGAAGAUUUGCUAGAAGAAGCCGCUCGCACUACUGCUCAGCAUUUGCCAGCUGGAGAACAUGGAAUCUGGGCAGUAAUUAAUACAGCCGGCAGUAGUGGACGCGGUGGAGCAUCAAGCUGGGAAGGCACCUUACGUGGUAAUGUGCUCGGGGCACUGAGGGUCGCGCGCACUUUCUCACCCAUGUUAGCUGCCGCUGCUGCUGAUCACCCUAAUGCUGGCAGGCUGUUUUAUAUAGGUUUAACCUCAGACACAGCCUGCGAGAGCUUGUCGCGCCUUGAAGCGGGUGAUUCUGGCGAGCUAAGUGCGGGUGUAGCGGCCGCCCGAUGGGGUGUGUGGGGUGCUGCGCGAGCACUUCGAACCGGACUUAGAUCGAAGAGACUGCACGUGGUGUUGUUACACGCGCCGGACCUUUCUGCCAAUGAAAUCUACUCGCCUCCCAUGCUGCUGCAGCCUCCGAGUCAACCCGCAAGUCGUCCCGAAACCCCAAGUUCAGAAGUAAGCACGGGAACAGCGACCUGCGCUGUCACGAUGCCAGGCGAAGCAGCCGAAUACAGUGCCAAAGUCCUCCCAACCUCCGCACUCAAAGUUUUGGAAGACGCUCUUACAACACCCUCUCCAAAAGACGCCUACUAUUUAAAGGUCAAGCAGGACUCCUGGUUUACCAGAAUGCCUUCAUUAAGAGUUUCGCAUUGA